UUUACCUGCAAAUUGAUUAACAUGGCGGUGCUGAGCAAUGGUGGUGCCGCUCUAGCGUGAUAGGACCAGGACGCAACCACCGUUGUGCCCAAAGUGAGCGUCGUCACUUGUCGUCACUCGGACGCUACUUCGCGAUCGUGUCGCGGCAUCAUGAGGGAGCUGAAGCAGGAGCAGCCUACCGUACUGGAACUCGGACUAGAUUUGGAGUUGAAAUCUGAAGAUGUUGAUGCUGCCACUGCUGCUGUUGCUGCUGCUUCUGAGGGUCAGAUUCCAUGCAGUUGUUGUGAUGAGCUCCUGGAAAAUGCUGAUCAACUUCAUUCACAUCAAAUAGUUCAACAUUCCUUAUCAGAGCUGUCUCUUGCUUUGAUCACAUUAAGGGGGUUGGACCUCUCGUUAAUAAAUAGUGCAUUUGAAGUCAAUGGUUCGUUAGAGGAAGAAGACUCGUCACAGAUGCGCAACAUACUUUUAGAAUCUGUUAAUCGUCCCAAUGAUUCUGAUAGUGAAUCCACAGUGACUGUGAACUCUGAAGCAAGAUUGGCUAUGGUCUCACCCCCAAGCUCUCCUGUAUUUUCCACUUCAGAUGAACCAAAUCCUGCAAGUAUGUUGAUGUGGGGAAAUGCAACUGUUUCUCCAGACUAUUCUACCCCCUAUAUCAAUAACAAUGACACUACUAUUGGAAACCAAGAUUUCCAGAGCUCAAAUGACUCAGGAGUCAGCUGGUCUGAAGAAAAACCAUUAAAACCAAUUAUAAAACGAUCUGUGGCAGUAGGUCAAAAGAAAACUGCCAAGGGUGUGAAAGAUCAAGGCUCUCGACAAUUUUUCUGUCAUCUUUGUGAUCGAAGAUACAAAAAAAAGUCUCAUUUGGAGAGGCAUUUUCGUGUUCACACAGGUGUGAGACCAUAUGGUUGCCCUAUGUGUGAAAAACGUUUCGCUGUGAGAUCCAUUCUCAAACAGCAUAUAAGAGUACAUACAGGAGAGAGACCAUUUGCAUGCAACAUUUGCUCUCAAAGGUUUCCCCAGAAAUCAGGCUUGAUGACUCACAUGAUGCUGCACAAUGGAAAACCUUUCAAAUGUGAAUACUGCGUGAAAUCUUUUGUUUCAAACCACAAAUUAAUGCUCCACCAGCGGUCUCAUGGUGAUUUGGUAAAUGGUGCGCCCCAUCAGGGUCCAUACUGCUGUUCUACUUGUGACUUGCGUUUCUUCACCACAGGAGCUCUUUCUGAACAUACUAAAAUCCAUUCUCAGCCUAAAGUUAAACAGUCUAAAAGGAGUGUUGACAGACUUGACGAAGUCACAAUUACAGAAGCAGCAGCCCGUGCAGCAGUAACGGCCAUUGAUGGCCUUACUGAUGAUGCUCUAGACAUGCCAACCGACUCUCCUCAAUUUAUUUUACCUCAUUUCCAUGAUGACUCCUCAAUAAAUGAUCCAGACAAUUUCAUUCAUGAUGUUAAAAAUGAAAUAUUUGAGGAUGAUGAUGUCAGUGGCUCUGAAUCAUUUUUUUGUGAAGCUAGGUGGGGAGGAUUUGAAGAUAUGUGUAUAAGCUCAGACUUUAGCAAUGUGUGUUAAUAUCAAUCACGGUUGUUAUUCCUUGUGUACAAAAACAUUUACCAAACAAAUUUCUCUGUUUAUGUACCAUAAGACACAGACUCAAUAUGCUAGUAAAUGAAAUUAUUCUAAUCAUUUUAUAA